AUGAAAGUUAACAAACCACUGACAUAUCUCUCAUUAAAGUAUGUUCUCAAGUACAGUAACCCUUAUAUCAGAUUACAACUCGCAUCGGUUUGUCCGGAGUUUAGUUACACUGAAAAGCUGGUUCCGCUGCUGAAAAUUGACCAGCUCAUCAUUAAACCAACAUCACUCACUAUCAACGACACCAACUACACUCUGGGACUGAUUCGUCACUAUCCGGAAGUAGAAGCGCCAAAAUGGGUUCAGGAAAUGAAUGCGGCAGGAGGUACUAGUUUUGAUGUCGGGUUUGGCGACCAAAACAACAAGGAAUUCCCACUGCUAUCAGAGAAAUAUAGAGCACCCUCCGAUGAAGAAACUUUGCAAAAGUUUGAAUUUGAGCAGAGGUUAUACAGACUGACACCAAUGCUGAACCACUGUCAAACCGCUCAAAAUUUGAGAUCGUUGAAGAGAAAAAAAAAGUUGGAGGAAGAAGCAAAAAUGCUCCGAAACCGUAUCCGUUCGUAA